GGGCGACACCGCCGGCACUUGCUCGACCUGCUGAAUCGGUCGGUGCGGUACGCCGCCCUCUCGACUACAACACGGUCAUACGAGGCUUUAACGCUGCAACCAAGCAGCAAAUUAAGGCCGCCUUUGUUCUGCCGUCUGCCGGUGCCAUCGAAGCGAUCCUGUUGGAGCUCGCCAAGCCCAAAAAGGAUCGCGCCGAUGUGCUCGGCCAAAUAGAUCUUUCUCGGCCAUACUCGCCUAAAGUGGCUAUGGCUCGCUUCAUCGUAGACACGGGCGAUGCACUAGCUGCGCAGUCGCACGAAGCGAUCAUGUCGUCGCUGUUUACAAGCACGCAAACCGAUGCCGUUAAGGCGCUCCUGCCUGAAUUCGUCCAAGUCACACGGCUUGGACGUGGUGGUAUUUUGUUUUCCGUAACGUCGUCGAGUGUGCGAAAGGCGCUUGGAGGACAAUACCUGUCCAUCCUCGGAAAACGAUACCGCAUCCCAGUACAGGAGGACCAUCCCCUGGACUCUCUUUGCUACAUGGAUGUCACCGGAAUUCGCGACAACUUUGACGCCACGCAAUUCUACCGCAAGUUGACCCUGCUUGGCGUCGACGUGGCAUAUCAAAGCCAUCGUGCGGUCAUCCCUAGAACUGGCUGUCAUACAAAUGCGUGGCGGGUGUAUUUCGCCGAGGUGUCGUGUGCGGCGUAUAUAACGUCUACUUAG